AUGGCCUCUGAGGGCUCCACUAUUCCCAGUCCUGUGGUCCGACAGAUUGACAAACAGUUCCUGAUCUGCAGCAUAUGUCUGGACCGCUACGACAACCCCAAAGUGCUGCCCUGCCUGCACACAUUCUGUGAGAGGUGUCUGUUGAACUACAUCCCCGCCCACAGCCUGACCCUGUCCUGCCCCGUGUGCAGACAGACCUCUAUCCUGCCUGAGAAGGGAGUGGCCGCUCUGCAGAACAACUUCUUCAUCACUAACCUCAUGGACGUCCUACAGCGGACCCCCGACAGGCACAGCCCCCACGACCCCACUCUUGACCACGUCAGCCCUGUGAGGCCGGCCCAGCUGCUGUCCUGCCCCAACCACGGAGGCAGUGUGAUGGAGUUCUACUGCCCCCCCUGUGAGACUGCCAUGUGUCAGGAGUGCACCAAUGGAGAGCAUGGAGAGCACCCCACGGUUCCUCUGAGAGAUGUGGUGGAGCAGCACAAGGCCUCACUGCAAGACCAGCUUUGUGCAGUUAAGACCAGACUUCCGGAAAUCGACUCUGCCCUCCACACAUUGUCUGAGAUCCUGCUGCAGCUCACCCAGCAGAAGAGCUCCAUCGAGGACCACCUCCACAGCACCUUCGAUGAGCUGCACAAGACCCUCAACGUGAGGAAGAGUGUCCUGCUUAUGGAGCUGGAGGUCAACUAUGGCCUCAAGCACAAGGUACUGCAGGCCCAGUUGGACACACUACUGUCUGGCCAGGAGGGCAUCAACAGCUGCUGCAACUUCACGGAACAAGCCCUCAGCCAUGGCUCCGAGGCGGAGGUCCUACUGGUGAAAAAGCAGAUGACGCCCAGAGAGGGGACGUUUUCCCUGUCGCUGUGUCUGUAUGGGCAGCCCAUCAAAGGAAGCCCCUUCAAAAUCAAAGCCAGCCGGUGCAUAGACCUCUCGCCCACCAGUGACGGACUGAAGAAGAGGCUCAAGUCUCCAGGAAGUGCCCAUGUGAAGCAGAAGGCCAUCAAGAGGCCGGCCAGUAUGUACAGCACUGGCCGCAGGAAGGAGAACCCCAUCGAGGACGACCUCAUCUUCAGAAUAGGAACAAAAGGGAGAAACAAAGGAGAGUUUACAAACUUACAGGGAGUGGCAACAUCCACAGACAAGAUUCUGAUCGCAGACAGCAACAACCAGUGUGUACAGAUUUUCUCUAACGAGGGCCAGUUCAGAAGCCGCUUCGGGGUCCGGGGUCGAACUCCCGGUCAGCUGCAGAGGCCCACAGGGGUAGCUGUGCACCCCAAUGGAGAUAUCAUCAUUGCAGACUAUGACAACAAGUGGGUGAGCAUCUUCACCUGUGAGGGCAAGUUCAAGAAUAAGAUCGGCACAGGGAAGUUGAUGGGACCCAAAGGUGUGUCUGUGGAUAGAAAUGGACACAUCAUUGUUGUGGACAACAAGGCCUGCUCAGUCUUCAUCUUCCAACCUAAUGGAAAAAUGGUCACCAAGUUUGGGAACCGUGGCAAUGGAGAUAGACAAUUUGCAGGCCCACACUUUGCUGCUGUGAACAACAACAAUGAAAUUAUUGUGACAGAUUUCCAUAACCAUUCAGUCAAGGUGUUCAACACAGAAGGGGAGUUCCUGCUGAAGUUUGGCUCAAAUGGAGAAGGAAAUGGUCAGUUCAAUGCUCCCACUGGAGUGGCCGUGGACGCCAAUGGGAACAUCAUAGUGGCUGACUGGGGAAACAGUCGUAUACAGGUAUUUGACGGCAGCGGCUCGUUCCUGUCCUACAUCAACACAUGUGCUGACCCUCUGUAUGGACCCCAGGGGCUGGCUCUGACCUCUGAUGGACAUGUGGUGGUGGCUGACUCCGGGAACCAUUGUUUCAAAGUGUAUCGCUACCUGCAAUAA